GGCAAAACAGCCUCACUGGUAAUGGGGUGCUCCGGUCCCCAAAGCGUCCUCAACGGGGGCUUGUGCUGCUUCCUUGCAGCAGCACAGAAUUAAAUAAUUCAGAAGCCAUCACCAGGUGGUACAGCCUGAUAUUCAGCCUCUUGCCAAGACCUCUAACGACCAGAGUCACCAUCAGGUACCAAGCAAGGCAUUGCCGCCCACACACAGAGCCCUGGGGACAUUACAGAGACCCUGGGCCUCUCUCCCGGUGGGUGACAGGCCCACAGAGGAGACAGUGGUGGGAGCAGCAGGGUUAGAAGCUUAUUUCUCCAGCUGCCAGGACUCGCGCCACUCAUCCUUAUGCUGCUGCUCAGACCCGGGGAAAGGCCCCGUGACAUCACAGAGCUCUUCAUGACGUCACCGCUGAGCCAAUGAUGUCAUCAAGCCAACGAUGUCAUCAAGCUCCUUCCACGCUGAACCCCCGGGGACACGCCUGGGUGCAGGGUGGCAGCCAGGCCUGGCCCAGAGACCUGUCCUCGGAAGACAGCAGAGCCAUGCUCAGACCGGCCUUCACCGCCGUCCUCCUGCUUUCCAUGGCCCCUCUGCUCACUGCUGACUUUGGCUUCGGAGACCGCCCCCCCUGGAGCAGGCUCAGCUGGGAUGAUCUCCCCCAGGACCCAGAGCCUGGGGGCACGGCGCUGCAGCCCUCCCACCUGCUCUGCCCUCUGCACUGGUUUUGUCCUGCCUUUGCUCAGCUGCAGCUAACGCCGGACUCCCUGGAGCUGUUUUACACCUACAGCCGAGCCCUGUGGCCCUUCUGCGGGGUUUUGCUUGCGUCCUGGCUGUGGCACAAAGUCAGGAGACGGCGGAGACGUGAGAAGGUCUGGACAGCCUUGGUUUCUGUGGGGACCGACUGCCAGGAGUACACGUGCUGCAGCCACGAGGCCCUCUGUCGCCUGACGGACAACACGGCCUUGAUGGGGAGCUACCUGCGGCACCUCCGCCACCUCCACUGGCAGAAGAGCGGGCAGAGACUACACAGGAGGAGGCCAGAGCAGAGUACAAAAAGGAAGAGAAAGGUGGAAGAUGAGCAAGAGGAGGAGAGGCUUAUGUCUGCCUGUCUGUACAACCCCAGCUAAAGCGGGGCUGCGGGCGUGCCGUGAGAUUAAAGGGAAUCGGAGAAGUGUGGAAUGGUUUGGGUUGGAAGGGACCUUACAGAGCAUCUGGCUCCAAUCCCCUGCCAUGGGCAGGGACACCUCCAACCUGACCGGGUUGCUCAAAGCCCCAUCCAGCCUGGCCUUGAACACCUUCUGGGACGGGUAUGCCUUCAUCUGUGUGCUUGGAGGAUGCUGCCCAGGUUUGGGUCAGGUUUUAGGGCUUCGGUUUAAACGUAAGGUUCUUCCUUUUGUCAGCAAUCUACUUAAGACACUCUUGUUUUCCUUGAUGUUCCUGGACAAAUUCAAUUCUAUUAGGCCUU